AUGGACCUUGGAGAUGAGGUGGAGCCCGGCGAGGCCUGGUCUGGAAUCGGAGUAUUUCAUCUCGAUCAACCAUUCGGAGAGCUGUCGUGGGCGGCCCGCGCGAGAGAUGAGAUUUACUACCUCGAGGGCGGGCUUGAAGCGGCGGAUUUUUCUGCAAGUUUUGAUGAAUCUCUUGAGCUCGCUGUAAUCCACCGGCCGGCCCUCGACGACCCAUUUGUCGAGAAUCGGAGUAAGCGGACCCCUUUGUUCCUGGCAUAUCUGGAGACGCCGAUACAGAGUGUCCGGCGAGCCGGGCUGGGUUCGGGUGGAGUACGACGAAACCCCCAAGGCCCGAUAAGGGCUUUGCUUGAGGAGUGA